AUGGCAGUGGAUAAGUGCAUAAAGUACCUUCUCUUCUCCUUCAACCUACUGUUCUGGAUCAGCGGAAUUAUCAUUCUCGGCAUCGCCAUCUAUCUGAAAGUGAGCAGUAAAACCUGGUUCAUGGGGGCAAUUCCCGGCGUGAACCUUCUGAUAGCCGUCGGUGUCAUCAUCAUGGUUCUUGGGUUCCUGGGCUGCUGUGGGGCCAUCAGGGAAAACCGCAUCAUGCUCAUGCUGUUCUUCAUCCUGCUGCUGCUAAUCUUCAUCCUCCUGUUGACAGCCGGAAUCCUGGGAGCCGUUGGAGUGAGGAAGGUGGAGAAGUCAAUAAGGAACUUGAUCGAGUCGUCUCCACCGCUAUGGAAUCAGACCCUUCUAUUCCAGACAGGCGUGCAGUUCUUCGAAGAGCAGGCAAAGUGCUGUGGACUGACCAACGGACCCUCUGACUGGGGCUCAACGUUCCCAACGUCCUGCUGGUGUGACAAUAAGACUGAGGCGUGCCAACUCACGAACGGACGGCCGGUGUACGCCAGGCCCUGUGUCAAGGUGUUGACUUCCUUCAUAGUGAAGGGGGCACUCAUCAUCCUGGGGGUCGCAUUCGGCAUCGCUGUCUUGCUGAUCUUUGGAAUGGCCUUUUCCAUGACUCUGUACUGCCAGUUAGUUAAAACUGAUGGUUAUAUUGCUCACUGAAUGCGCGGUUGUGUAUUUAUCAGGGAGCUUACGUGGACCUGUGAUCAACUCCGCAACACCUUUUCUCUUUCCGAAGUUGUUGACAUUGCACGUUGUAUUAAUAAUGUUAACAUAUAUAAUCCAUUGCUUAAAUAUCAAAGUAUGACGUUUGAUCAAACUGUAUUUAAUUACCCCCCUAGGUAAAAUGUGACAAAUGUU